GAUAGAUAUAUGAGAUAUCAGCAUUAUACUGCGGAAUUCGUCGAGUUCUUUUAUUGACAUUUCCACUUUUUUCUUUGGUAAUAAUGUUAGAUGUAAUGCAAUAUAUUCUCGGCAUAUUUUAGAACAGACCAGGCCCUCUGUGGACCGGAGUAUAGGUAUGUCAUCUCCUGUUACCUAUCGAGAACGUGUUAAAAAAGGAAAACAAAGUUCACAUAACCUAAAAUGUAUCACUCGUGGGUAUCCAGCGUAUCUUAAAAUAAACCAAUGAAAACAAGGUUGCUCGAAUCAGAAAGUGACUUUUAUAUAGUUUAUACAUCAAAUUCCUGAGUGACCGAUUGUUGAUAAUCGUUAUCAGUACCCGCGAAUCCUAAUCGAGUUCAAAAAUGGUGCGUAAAAGAAGACAUCAAAAAAUCAAGGAGACGAAAACAGAGAUCGCCGAAAACGUAGACCAACUGUUGCGAAUCUGCGCAACCUCUCCCGAGAAAAAUAUCUCGAAAGCAUUAGAAACCCAAGUGGAAAUAAACGUUAUUGCGGAAAAACUGAGAAAUUUGGAGUUGAAUUAUGUAAAUAAAUCAAGUGAUCCGGAAACUGUCAAUAAUCGGCGCAAUGCUGCCACCAUCGAGCGUUUCAUGAACUGGGUAACAUCUGAAGGCGCCAAACUUGAAUCCUGCGAAAUAUGCGAAUUUCCCGGAUACGAAUUGGGACUGAAAGUAACAAAAGACACAGAAUUCUCUUCCUUGGUGUUAGCUGUACCCAGAAAUUUAAUCCUAACAGUAAAAUCAGCCUCUAACAGCGCAUUCAAACAUUUAAUUGAAACAGACCAACUACUCAAAGGAAUACCCACUGUAGCCUUAUCUGUCUACCUCCUCUAUGAGAAGUUCAAAGGAAAUUCUUUCUGGAAGCCGUAUCUGGACAUGUUACCAGACAGUUACUCCACUGCGCUGUACUUUACCAGAGAUGAGUUGGAAGAAUUGCAAGGUAGCCCAACUUUAGAGAACGCGUUGAAGUUGAACAAAAGCAUAGCGAGACAGUUUGCAUACUUUCACAAGUUGUUCCAUGUUUCGGAUGAUCCUGCCAGUAGGCUGAUGAGGGGAAAGUUCACUUAUGAUGAGUACAGGUGGGCAGUAUCAACCAUGAUGACACGACAAAAUGCUAUCCCUUCAGAAGACGGUGAUCACUUGGAGACCGCUCUCAUACCUCUAUGGGAUAUCUGCAAUCACGCUAACGGAACGAUCUCUACAGAUUACAACACAGAAGCUCAGAGAAUAGAAUGCUUCGCUGUGAAAGACUUCAAAGCGGGAGAGCAACUUUUUAUACAUUAUGGAGAUAGAACCAACGCAGAUUUUUUCGUAAAUGGGUUUGUUUACGAAGAUAAUGUGCACGAUGGCUACUGGUUGAAACUCGGUAUAAGCAAGUCUGAUCCGCUACAAGAAAAAAGAAACGAUGUUCUGAGUAGGUUGACUUUGGAACCCACAGAUAGAUUCUUCAUAAAGAAAGGUGCAGAACCUAUUGAUGGACAAUUGCUGGCAUUCUUAAGAAUAUUCAACAUGAACGAAGAACAACUAGACCACUGGCUGCUAACGACUCCGUUAGAUCAAUUGGAAAAUAGCAAGGUCACCAUCGACGCAGAAUUAGACAAGAAAGUGUGGAAAUUUCUUCAAACCAGACUGAAACUUUUACAAGGACUUUACAAAACUACCUUACAAGAAGACGUACAGAUUCUAAAGCGGAAAGAUCUUAGCGACAAUAGAAAAUUAGCGAUUAGAAUGCGAAUGACUGAGAAGAGGAUUUUUGAAGAUGCUUUGAAGUAUGUGAAUCAACGCAUUGCUGAAAAUGGAAAAUAAGAUUUCAUAAACAUUGAGUCGUGCUGACUACCUCUCGAGCAUCAUAGGCAGGGUAAGUUAAUAUAAAUGACAACACUGGUCGCCGCAAGAAAAGGAUAUUUUUCGAAUCUCAUCUGGGAAUAUCGAAUGUAUUUAGACGUUUAUAUACUUACGCUUUCUUUUUGGUUUUUUGUUAUAUCAAUGCACUAUUGACACAUUAUAUGAUUAUAUGUGGUUAUACAAGGUGUACAAGGCUACACCCCCCAGAAAAUGCGGCUCAAACAAAAAAAUGAUCAAGAUAAAAGUUGCAGCGUUUCAAGAGAAGAGAAUAUCCUUUGAAGUCAUUUAGAGGUCGACUUGAAAAAUUUAAACAGGUAUCCUCUUUUUUGAGAGAGUGGCAAAUUUCGCGUUCAGAAAUGACCUUGACCAAGACUUCAAGAUCGUUUUGAGGUCAAGGUCACACAAAAGUUUUCGUCCUUCUCUCCUAUUGGCCAUUAAGAUUGGUUCCACGUUCUCAAAUUGAAAUAUAAAUGACCGUCGAGGUAAUUUCCAAGUGGUCUCAGCUGGUCUGGCUCUAGGCGUUGCUUUAAGGAGAUGUUUCUCUUUGACCUUUCCAGACUGGGGUCAUCACCAAUAUAUUUUUUCCUUUUUCUUAAGUUGUUGUUUACUAAACAUACUCGCUGUUACGGAUGCACUCAUUCCAAAUAAUUUUUUGACCCGGAAAACAUGGAGUACUACCUGCAACUUUUGUGUAAAACUUUUUUUGUUUGACGGGAAUUUUCUAAAAUAUGGGGGUUUGCAACUUUUUGUACACUCUGUAUGUUAAUUUUCACAAAUCGCGAGUUGAUCUUGGACUGUUUAAUAGUCAUAUAUCCGUUUUCAAUAUUUGAAAUGUCUCACUCCCAUAUUGUAUGAUUUUUGUUAAUAAACACUGUUUUUUUUUUGUGAA